AGGCGAUUCUUAUCAACGGGCAGUUUCCGGGGCCGAAGAUUGAGUGCCAGACGGAUGACAACUUGAUCAUCAACGUCCACAACAGCUUGCCGGAGCCCUUCUUGCUCUCAUGGAAUGGUUUGCAGCAACGCAAGAAUUCGUGGCAAGAUGGCGUGUCCGGCACCAACUGCCCGAUCCCACCCGGUCAGAACUUCACCUACCAUAUGCAGGCCAAGGACCAGAUCGGCAGCUUCUUCUACUUUCCGUCGCUAGCAUUCCACAAGGCCGCCGGUGGCUUCGGCGCCAUCCACAUCGGCACCCGCCCGUUGAUCCCUGUCCCGUUCCCCAAGCCGGCCGACGAGUACACGCUGCUCAUCGGUGAUUGGUACACCACGAACCACAAGGAUCUGCAAGGUAUGCUGGAUAGUGGAAGGGAACUGCCUUUCCCUGACGGCAUCCUCAUCAACGGCAAGAGGAGCCCUAACGGUGCAGAUUUCACCGUUGAGCAAGGAAGGACGUACAGGCUGCGCAUUUCCAACGUCGGCCUGCAGAACACGCUCAACGUGAUGAUCCAAGACCACAGCAUGACCCUGGUCGAGGUGGAGGGCACCCACACGGUGCAGAACUCCUACACCUCCCUCGACGUCCACGUCGGCCAGUCGCUCUCCGUGCUGUUCGCCGCCGACCGCCCCGCCAGGGACUACCACGUCGUCGUCUCUACCCGCUUCGCCAACGCCACACUCCGCUCCACCGCCGUCGUCCGCUACGCCGGCUCGAGCGGCCCCGCUUUCGGGUCGCUCCCCGCUGGGCCCGGCGACGUCGAGUCCUCUCUCGACCAGGCCCGCUCCAUCAGGACGAACCUGACGGCGAGCGGGCCGCGGCGGAACCCGCAGGGCUCGUACCACUACGGCUCCAUCAACGUGACCCGCACCAUCCGGCUGGCCAGCAGCUCGCCGGGCUUGUCGGCCGGCGGCGAGAGGAGGUACGCGGUGAACGGGGUCUCCUUCGUGGAGGCCGACACGCCGCUCAAGCUGGCGGACUACUACAACAUCAGCGGCGUGUUCCGGCUCGGCAGCAUCCCGGACGCGCCUCCGGCGGCGGCGGCCGGCGACGGCGCCGCGGAGGAGGAGCGGCGCGAGACGGCCGUCAUGGACUCGGACCACCGCUCCUUCGUCGAGGUCGUGCUCGAGAACGGCGAGGACGGCGUCCAGAGCUGGCACCUCGACGGCCACAGCGUCUUCGUCGUCGGAAUGGACCUGGGGACGUGGAGCGAGGAGAGCAGGGAUAGCUACAACCUCGUGGACGCCAUCUCGCGGUGCACCGUGCAGGUGUACCCAAGAGGGUGGACGGCGGUUCUGAUCGCGCUGGACAACGUGGGGAUGUGGAACAUGAGGUCGGAGGUGUGGGCGCGGCGGUACCUGGGCCAGCAGUUCUACCUCCGGGUGUACACGCCGACGCACUCGCUUCGCGACGAGCUCCCCAUCCCGGACAACGCGCUCCUCUGCGGCCGCGCUGCCGCCGCCUCCCCGUCCCGCCGGCCGGCGCGGCUAAGCAGGUAGCUGGCGGUUAGCGACGGCGCGCCCCUACUAAUCUAUGGUUGUCUAGAGAGUCAAGGUGGAGCCCCACCGUCAGGGGACGGAAGAUGUGCGUUCUCGUGAGAUACUAGUGUGUGGAGACCCAACGGUCUUGCUGGAUUUUACUAUUAAACAGGUGCCGCUGAUAAACAUUUUAUAGUCUAAGAGAAUGCUACUCUAUAUAUUAUUCGAUGCUAUGAUUA